UCGAACUGUAUGUACAUCCCACACAAUAAAGGACUGAUGAAUCUCCACAUCAAGUUUAUGAUGCGAAUGGAGUGGUCUCCCCUUGAGAGAGUGAACAAAAAUGGCUGCCACUACCGUAACGUUUGAAAUCUUCAGUGGAGGAUAAUUCCUAGAUCUACAGUAUACAGCUUUAGACAUGCCGAUUAACCUACAAAUAAAGUUAAGAGAUCAACAUCUCUCUCAUCAGAUCCAUUUGGGGAGGAUGAUGAUACAGAUACAGUGUAUGCUGCUGAUUCCGUGAAGAGCGCCACGUCUGAGGCGAUUCAAACAUAGAUGAAAGUUCAGACUCACCUUUUACGGGUAGUUCAUCUGACUCUGAAGACAGUGCCCAAUCAUAUGGCAAGGACACAUCUGUCUCAUCAGAUUUAAUGGAUUAUGACGAUGAUGAUGAAGAUAAUUCACUAGAUGCUGCCGAUUCUGCUGAUUCUGUGAAGAGCGCCACGUCAGAGGUUAUCGCAUCUGAUCCAAACAUUGAUGAAAGUUCAGACUCACCUUUUACGGGUGGUUCAUCUGACUCUGAAGACAGUGCCCAAUCAUAUGGCAAGGACACAUCUGUCUCAUCAGAUUUAAUGGAUUAUGACGAUGAUGAUGAAGAUAAUUCACUAGAUGCUGCCGAUUCUGCUGAUUCUGUGAAGAGCGCCCCGUCUGAGGUUAUCGCAUCUGAUCCAAACAUAGAUGAAAGUUCAGACUCACCUUUUACGGGUGGUUUAUCUGACUCUGAAGACGGUGCCCAAUCAUAUGGCAAGGACACAUCUGUCUCAUCAGAUUCAAUGGAUUAUGACGAUGAUGAUGAAUAUAAUUCACUAGAUGCUGCUGAUUCUGAUGAUUAUGUGAAGAGUACCAAGACUGAUGUUUAUAUCAUCUGAUCCAGUCAUAGAUGAACGUUUCAGCCCACCGCUUACUGCUGGUUCAUUUGACUCAAAGGUUGGAAUGGACAAAAAGCCAAAGAAGUCUUUCAAACAAGCCGCCAAAGAAGCUGAAAUAACUUCGAAGAUUGUCAAAACAUUGACAGUUGUUAAACUUCAUUGAUAAAAAGGCACACCAAAGUGAUUAAGAUAUAAUCUACAGUACACAGGUAAUGGCACAAGAAGCGGCUGUCUAAUCAAAGCAAAAGAAGUACGUGGCUGUGGACUAACAUUGUUUGUCAACAUGUCUUUUAAAAGUUUACAUUGUACCUUUCAUAUAGCUAUAUCUUCACAUCGUAUUUUGCAUUCAGGAUUUUCACUAAACAUGCAUUUACUUUUAUUUUUUUAUGAUCUAAUUGAAAGGGGUAAAAAGUUAAAUCUUGUUUGGUGAACAGCAUUAUUGAUCAUAAACAGCCAUCGUUUUGUAGCCAUAAAAUUUGUUUGAACAAACUAGAGUGAGUGAGUGAGUGAGUGAGUAUGGUUUUACGCCGCUUUUAGCAAUAUCCCAGCAAUAUCACGGCGGGUGAACAAACUAGAAGGAAAACACUAUUAACAUGGCAUAAAAAUAUAUUGAUAGAAGCCUUGUUCUUCUGAUCUUUGUCUCAGCACAAGCAAUGUGCGAUAAUGUACUGCAGUCCAAGGCCGCCAGGUAAGUCUGACUUUUGUGAUGCACUCAUGCAGUUACCUGACAUCGUGUCGACAGAAACGAUUUUAUACUAAGAAUUUUGUUUGGGCCGAGUCUUAUUUGUCUAAACAUCUAAUUAUACAGUUCCUGAAAAGGUUCUUGAUUACCUGAACAUUUGCUGCGAUACUAAUUGAAACCAAUCUGACAUUAUUGAUAAGAUAAAUUGAGGUACGGAAUUAAUGGCCAAUUAGACAACGUAUGUAACUGCGUCAUGUAGUGAGGGAAUCAAUGAACUUGUAGUAAUGAAGGAUUUACUCGACCAAGCAUUACAUAUAUGAGUGAUAGCGACAGAGAAAUGCUUAAUCGAAUCGCUUCAUUAAGCUGGCUAUAGGUGGUCUACCACACUGGUCUUGAAGUUUCAUCUUCUUCCCCACACGACCAGGUUCACCUGAGAAGGUUUAUGGAAUCAUGGAAGUCUGGCUAUUGUUUUGCAUUAGCUUAAGUAUUAUCGAUUGUGUAAUGAGGCCAUCGACAUUAGCUGCAGCCGAAUGUCAAGAACCGGAUCCAGUCUCUCACGCCUACAGGAACUUGGAGGCCGAAAAAGUGACCUAUGAGUGUAUGGACAGAUUCCGACAGGUCGGGAGUGGCAAGCGCAAGUGUUCCUCUGAUAUAUGGAAAAAUGGAACUGCCAGCUGUACAAUCGACUGUGGAGUCCCGAGUGAGGGGGUCGGGGCCACCGUGACGUACAACGACACCCUGGAAGGAUCUGACGCCACGUACGCCUGCAAAACAAACUUUACCACCAGAAACUCAGAGAAUAUCACUCGUACCUGCAUGAGGACGGGGCUGUGGUCGGGGACUCCAUUGAAGUGCACAGGCGCAGAGGAUCUAGCAAGGGGGAAGUCAACGAUGUAUCCGGCCAUCACGGACGGUAAUGGGAAGACGUGUGCUUCGUUCCGUACCACCACCUUAACAGUCGCCCUUUCUAGCGACAGCAACAUCUACUUCAGCGUGCACGAAUUGGAGCUUGACUUGACCAUCUACUCUCAGACAGAGCUGAGGGUCACUGUGAAAACGCCUUCUUCCUGGCAGUUGUGCAAGCGUUUGGGUAUCUACGACUCUGGCGUGUACAAGUUUACAUGUACGACUCAACUGACAGGGACAGAUAUGAAAAUAAAUGUAACUAGUUCGAACACAAACCUAGCAAGGCCAAAGUUAUGUGAAGUCAAGGUGUACGGUAAACAAUACACAGGCGAGUGUGAGAACCCCCCUAUUAUCGUGGGAGCUCGGGCGAAUUUGACAAGCACCUACUGGAAUUCCACGGCAGUGUACAGCUGUGUGCCCCCCUACCGCUAUGCUGGGGGGAGCAAUGUUAUAACAUGUGGCUUCGAUGGAUACUGGACUAACCCUGGCAUCCAGUGUAAAGAAAUGGACAAUGUUGCCCGAGAAGCUGCUGACGUCAACCAAGAUUUGAUCGACGACCUCAGCAGCACGUGUGUUGAUACUAACGUGGUUGAACUGAAACUGAAGACGCGUUAUGAAGUUCAUUGGAUCGUCGUAUCUACGCUGAGAAACACAUCAAUAGAAUGGGGAGACGCCAUGUCUGUGAGUCUGAUGGUAGAUGACAACGAACCGACCAAGGUCUGCCAGCAGACGUCCCCUGCAGCAUCAAUGGAGGGAUACGAUAUGACAGCUUUUGUGUGUCGGGGAUACCCAUUUGCAGACAUGGUGACCGUCGAGGCGAAACAUUCCUUAACAAUCUGUGAGAUCGAAGUGUAUGGCCGAAAUGCAUCACAAGGUGUUCUUCAGUGCAUGCAAACAAGCCAAGGACAUGACUACAAAGGCGACAUGAACUACACCGUCACGGGCACCCCUUGCAUCGACUGGAAUGAAACAAAGUACACCAUCGACCAAUUUGCAGAUUACUCCUUCAAAGACAUCGGCAGAAGAUGCAGGGCACCAACAACAACCAACGACCAACCCCCGUUCUGUUUCAUAACACCUAGUAAAAGGGAAUACUGCCCCAUUCCACACUGCGACAGGGUAUGUCGUCAAGGAGAUGGCAGAACUUACUCUGGGUAUGUGCGUGAAGCCAAUGGUGCGCCUUGUCGUAGUUGGAAUUUGGUUGCACCUCUUGAAUUCGACCUCAAUGGCCUCAUCUCUGACAGAGACACGCCUAACUGCAGGAACCCACUUGGUUCUAUGUCAAGACCAUGGUGCUUCGUCGCAAGAGGAAACGCGUCCUUGUGCUCCAUCCCCAUUUGUCCAACCAAUGUAGCUGUGAAAACAUCCCUUCCUGAUGUAUCUUCUACCACAGAGGAUGCAAAGGCAACAUGUUUUUGCUGGAAGGGAACCUAUACAUUCUUUGAAGUUGCCUUGAGCCAUUCUUAUGAACACUGUACUCAUGAGGAUCAAACGCUAAUGAUGUGUUACACAGGGGAUACGGAAUGGACGUAUUAUUCCAUAGGGCCUCGCGUGAGCAGCAGCAGUCUUUAUGAGACGUCUAGUACCCUACAAGUUGCAUUGACCUCCAGCAGUACCCCUGAGAUGACCUUGACCAGCAGUACCCUUGAGAUGACCUUGACCAGCAGUACCCCUGAGGUGACCUUGACCAGCAGUACCCCUGAGGCGAGCUCGACCAUCCGUACCCCCUACCAAAGCUUCACAAAUGUAUCACCUGUCAGCACCAGCUUCGUCCAGUCAUCAUCUGUGUCAACAGACCAUUCUCAAAGCAGUGAAACUUAUAACCUAUCAGCCUCCUCUUCAAUAUCCCUUUCAAGCAGUGACCAAUCCUCAGUUGCCCCUUCAAAUGAAUCUUCUUCAAGCAGUAUUCUUUCUAUUUCACCAUCGCUUACCGUUGCUGAACAAAAUAUAUCCUCUUCCUUUGAACCAUCAACGGAGUCGUCCCUUGAUCUCUCGUCAGUAGUCACCGUGGGUGCCACAGAGGCUCUGACCACCACGGCCACACCAAUCACGACGACUGCACCAAAACAAAACUGCCAGUGUCGCUGCAAGCGGAAUCUAAGUACUUCGGCGUUAUCUGAAGUCAUGGAUGAAAGGAAGGCAAACUUAACCGUAGAUCGUCGAACAACCUCUGCCUUUAUCCGGCAAAAGACGAGCGCCACAGACCAACGUCAAACUGCAACUGUGUCUGGGACAGUUUGCAUGGCAAUCGUUUCCGUCAUGUUCUCAUGCAUCUUCAUCCCUGACAUCAUCAGCGUGGCAUCUUUCUUCAUCAAAUGCAUCAAGAAAUGGGGGUGAUUUCUGAUGUGAAGUGUUUGAGAUAACUGUCGCUGAUGCAUUUGUAGAUAUUAGCAUGUGUCUUCGUGUGUCCAUGUUCUUGCGGUUGUAACAUCUCUUCAGAGGGUAGUUUAUCAUUAGUCUAAGUGUAUAAUGUUUACUGUUGUUUAGAAUUUAGCUGUAACGCCAACACGGUCAUUACUCCUGUGAAGAAUAGGCCUCGCUCGUACCAGUAUUUUUGUUUUAAAAACCAAUCAAAUUGUAGUUUGUGAACCGACUGAUGUUGUGUUAUCGUACCCCCACAACAUGAAAAGCCAGGUUUUUCUACUCCGGAACCUACACCUUCCUUCAGUUUUCUUGGUAAUUUUCAAAUAUCUUUUUUGGUGUUUCAACCUUAAAUGAAGAAAAUGCACAACCUACUAUCUAUAUUUCUAGAGAAAGGUUUUCGGAACAUUUCCCGGUCGGAAACAUUAUGGUCUUAAAAUCGGAAGGUAUUUGGAAGGAUUCUGGAAGGAAAAUGUGCCCGUUGCCAUUGAUAUGUUACUCUUGUUCCCACCCCCUCGUCUGGUUUGUUUGGUCUAGACUGGAUAAUGUACCGUUUUGCGAUGGCGGUUUAACGCCGCUCUCAGCAAUAGUCCAGCUAUAUGACGGCGGUCUGUAAAUAAUCGACGCCAGACAAUACAGUGAUUGAUAUCAUGAGCAUUGAUCCUCACAAUUGGAAUACGAUAACAUGCAUCAGCUUAGUCGGUGAGCCUGACCACCCUAUCCCGUUAUUCGCCUCUGACGACAAGCAUGACACGAUAUGUAAAGUGUAAAAUCACAUCUGAGGAUUGAUCGUCCCUAGUCAGUUAUUAGUACUCUGCAGUCAAUUUUCCCACCCGAUCCUCAUAAUAGUAGACAGGCCCCAUGCAGCUGUCAAGGAACCAGUAAGAAUUGUAAUGUUAAUCUGAUGCACGUUGAUGUUGUAACAUGAUUCCACAGUGACAUAUUUCCGACGAUCUGUGGAUUGUCUUUUCAAAUACAUGUACACUUAGUGAAUACAGAGUUGAUUGCCACCAAGUGACGUUGUUCAGAAAGCUACUUAGGUGUAUGUUUCGUUUGUGUUACAUGAAAGUUUUUAAUUGUAUGAUAUUGAAAACAUAAUGAUGACAACCAAAAUAAUAGAAUAUAUAAUUCCACAGAAGACGUCUAAGGGCACAUGUUUUUAUCCCAGUGAUAAGCGUCCAUUCAAAAGCAUUCUCAGCUCCCUGGGGAUCAUACACCAAUCAAUCAUGCGUCCUGGUACAUACUGCUUGUCUGAUGGCGUGAAAAUAUUAUAGGGACGAUAUGUGUUGAGCUCAUUUUUGUUGUCCAGCGCCCUGACUCAGGUGGAAUAGUGUCGAAGGUACCGUAAAAAUGUCCUUAUAACCCGACCUAAAAGGGCGGGUCCGUCGAUCCGUCCGUCCGUCCGUCCGUCAAUCUGUCAGUCCUUGCGUAGGUCCGUCCUACGUCUACAUCAUAGAUUCUUUUCAAACUUGGGGAACACUUUUUAUACCUAUAGGAGAAGAGCAGUGCGAAGUAUGAUUUCAAUAUUUUGAUUUUCUGAAAGAAAUACAGCUUUUUACUUAGAAUUUUUUUCACCUAAACAUUUGUGUGACCUGUAACUAGAACACUAUUUCAUGGAUUCUUUUCAAAUGUAGGGAACAGUUUCCUCACUUGUAGAAGAGGUGCAGUGCAAAGUGUAAUUUGAUAUGUGUAUGUUCUGAAAAAUAUGAUGUUUUAUGAUGUUGUGUACUUAGAAUAGUUUCUUACUUCAAUAUUUAUAACUUAAAAACUACUUCAUGAAUUCUUUUCAAAUUUAGGGAACUGUUUCCUCACUAAUAGAAGAGGUGCAGUGCAAAGUGUAAUUUGAUAUGUGUAUGUUCUGAAAAAUAUGAUGUUUUAUGUUGUUGUGUACUUAGAAUAGUUUCUUACUUCAAUAUUUAUAACUUAAAAACUACUUCAUGAAUUCUUUUCAAAUUUAGGGAACUGUUUCCUCACUAAUAGAAGAGGUGCAGUGCAAAGUGUAAUUUGAUAUGUGUAUGUUCUGAAAAAUAUGAUGUUUUAUGAUGUUGUGUACUUAGAAUAGUUUUUUACUUCAAUAUUUAUAACUUAAAAACUACUUCAUGGAUUCUUUUUCCAAUUGGGGAUAAAGAUUCUAUUCUAAUAGGAGAGGCGCAGUGCGAAGUAUGUUUUCAAUAUGUGUAUUUUCUGCAAAAUAAAGUUAUUUUUUUAAAAAGGAAUUUCUUUUUUGACUGAAACAUUUAUGAGUUAUGAGACCUGUAUACUUGAAAAGUACCGCAUGGAUUUUUUUCAAAUUUAGGGAACAGUAGCUUCCAUACUAAUAAAAGCGGCGCAAUGUAAAGUUUGAUUUUAAAAGGUGUAUUUUCUGAAAGAGUGAGUAUGGUUUUACGCCGCUUUUAGCAAUAUUCCAGCAAUAUCACGGCGGGGGACACCGGAAAUGGGCUUCACACAUUGUACCCAUAUCGGGAAUCGAACCCGGGUCUUCUGCGUGACGAGCGAACGCUUUAAACACUAGGCUACUCGACCGCCCCUUUUCUGAAAGAAAUAUGAUGGGGUUUUUUAUGUUGUGAACUUAGAAUAUUGUUUUUACUUCAAAUUUGGGUGACCUGUAACCUGAAAACUACUUCAUGGGGUCUUUUCCAAUUGGGGGUACAGUUUCUGUACCAAUAGGAAAUGUGAAAAUCUAAGUUUGAUUUUAAUAUGUGUAUUUUCUGAAAAGAAUAUUGGUAUUUUCAUGUUUCAAACUUAGAAAUAUGUUGGAGUCGAAGUCAAUGCGCCAUGCUCACUUUUUGUCUUGUUGACUGUUAUUUCCUCCGAUCACUGUUAGAUUUAGAAGUGCAUCUUUCCGUGUCGUUUACAUGUUACUUUACUUCAAUAAAAU